AAUGAGAAUAUGCGGCGAGAGUGGUCCAGUGUGAAGACAAGACGUGGAUUCAUGCCAUUCCCAUAUCUUUUUCUUCAUUUCUCCAACUUACAAACCAAAUUCAAAGCUCCGAAAGCUUUCAUCAAUGGCGGUAGCUUCGCUUGCAAUCGGGCUGAGAACGGCGUUCGUGGUGCUCGGAUGUCUAGCCACCGCCACUGUUAUCUACACUGUCGUCACCGAUGGCCUCCCUUUCCGCAAAGAACUCCUCACCCCGUGGAUGGCAGCAACCUUGGUUGAUUUCUAUAUCAACAUCCUAGUCAUAGGGGUGUGGAUAAUCUACAAGGAAUCUAACUGGAUUUUGUCUGUAAUCUGGAUAGUUUUGCUUAUAUGUUUUGGAAGCAUCACCACGUGUGCCUACAUCGUUAUGCAGUUCCUAAAGCUGACUCCUCAAGAAUCACUCUUAGAUCCUAUAUACUUUGUUUUGCUCACAAACAAGAAAAGGGAGGAAGUGGAGUCGAAGAAGAGUAUACUAUCCGUUGUAAGCGCAAGGGUUGUUUUCUGCGUUUUGGGCUGUCUUAUGCUGUCUACUUUGGUGUACACCAUCUCCACCGAUGGAUCUCCAUUUCGCCAAGGGGUUUUGACUCCGUGGCUGUCAGCGACGCUUGUUGAUUUCUACGUUAACGUGAUUGCUAUAUCGGUUUGGGUGGCGUAUAAGGAAUCAAGGUGGACAAGAGCAGCGUUAUGGAUCAUUUUGUUGAUAUGCUUGGGAAGCAUUACGACCUGCGCUUAUGUUGCCUUACAACUUUUCCGUAUCUCGCCUCAAGACCCCGUCUACCUCGUCCUCUUCAGCUCCAGCAGCAGUUUACGCGACUGAAUCUUCCCGAGCAUUCAACAGAUCUUUUCUUGACGAUGGUAGGGCAGUAAACGGCUAUGAAGGAACACCACAGACGGAAACAUAUACUAAGCUUGUUAGGUGAAAGAGAAAUUUUGAAUAAGAUAUAAAGGUCAAGAUAAACGCAUAAGCUUGUGGCGAAGAAUUUUUUUUUCAUGUCGAUGUGAAUAAUAAUGUGUAUCAUUUGUGAAA